CUGCAGGUCCAGAUUCUGCACAAAAAAAUCGACCUGAGCAACGUUCAGUCCAAGUGCGGAUCCAAGGCCAACAUCCACCACAAACCAGGCGGUGGAAACGUGGAGAUCAAACACGAGAAGCUGGAGUUCAAAGUUCAGUCAAAAAUCGGGUCCCUGGACAACAUCGGCCACGUCCCCGGAGGCGGGCAGAAGCGGAUCAAACACGAGAAGCUGGAGUUCAAAGUUCAAUCCAAAAUCGGGUCCCUGGACAACAUCGGCCACGUCCCCGGAGGCGGGCAGAAGCGGCUGACGUUUCCACUCUUUCAGGUCCAAAUCGCUGAGCAGAAGUUGGACUUUAGUACUGUCCAGGCCAAGUGUGGCUCCAAAGACAAUAUCAAACAUGUCCCCGGUGGAGGCAAAGUGAGUAACUGA